AUGCCUUUCGUCCUCUCAAAAGCUGCCAGGCAUCUGGCCACUCCCCUUGGGCGACCACUGGCCACUAGGGCCAUGGCCACAGUCCACAAUACCCACAUCCGUGACGCCGGAGCCACCAUGCCCCCUGGUCACAAGGCCACAGUGGGGAGCCUAGAGACGUUCGACCUCCCGGACCGUGUCACCGGAUCGCCCGGUGACAAGGCGAUGGGGCAAGCAAUUAUCAAGGCUUGGAAACGCGACGGCAUCUUCCAGAUCGCUAUGAAUAGCAAUCAACGGGAGAUCUACAAGUACGCAGAGAACGCCAGCAAAAAGUUCUUCGCAAAGCCCCACAAUGAGAAAGCCGCCUGCGUUGACUCACAAAGCUAUGCUGGAUACAUUGCUUCGGGUGAGGAGAUAACAGACGGCAUUGCGGACUACUCAGAGAUAUUCACCGUCACAAAAGAUCUUGACUUGGCGGAGCAUAGGGUGGCUAAGAAGUGGCCGUGCCAUGGGCCAUGCCCUUGGCCGGACGCGGAAAUGCGGGAUCCCAUGAAGUCUUACAUGAACUACCUCGGCGACUCUGGUGAGAAGCUCCUGGCUUUGACCGAGCUCGGCCUGGGUGUUCCCAAGGGCUCUUUGCUGCAGUACACACAGGACGGUUGGCACCACAUGAGGGUCCUACGGUUCCCUCCCACAAACAAGACGAACGGAAAGGGAAAAGCAGGCCGUGGUAUCGGAAGUCACACCGACUACGGUCUGCUGGUCAUUGCUGCUCAAGAUGAUGUCGGAGGACUCUUCAUCCGUCCCCCUUACCAAGGCGAGAAUUAUGCGAACUGGGAGAAGAGCGCCGCGGGAAUGAAGGAAGAUGACGAGGGCUGGGUUUACGUACCUCCCGUCGCUGAUACUUUCACAGUAUUCCCAGGUGACAUGAUGCAGUACAUGACCGACUCCUUCCUGCCAUCAACCCCUCACAAAGUCGGACUUAAUACAAGGGACCGCUUCGCUUUCGCUUAUUUCCAUGAGCCAAGCUUCCAGGCUGUCGUAAAGCCCCUGGAGGGAUACAACAAUGGCCAGAAGCCUCAAGAAGGCAUCCACUACGGAACACACUUCACCAACAUGUUCAUGCGGAACUACCCAGACCGCAUCACCACUCAGAGACUUCUCGCUGAGGAUCGCUACAAGCUUCUUGCACAACCUGAGCUUCGGACCAUGACAAGCCAGGCACUGGGCCAACAAGCGGCGAUGAGCGCAGCUAAAGGAUCGGCUGCCUUCAAAUAUUCCUAA